GCCAUGGCUGCCGAAGGAAAAACUCGAAACAGAGAGAGAAUGGAGGCCCGUGAAACUGAAAAAGCGGUUCCAUUUCAGCUUCAAUUCGACAAGCCCAUUGCUUCUCAGAUAAAAAUAGCUGAAUGGAACCCAGAGAAGGAUCUUCUUGCAAUGGUCACUGAGGAAUCGAAGCUUCUUCUUCAUCGUUUCAAUUGGCAGAGACUCUGGACUAUAUCUCCUGGAAAGAUCAUUACAUCUAUAUGCUGGCGACCGGAUGGAAAAGCAAUAGCCAUUGGGCUUGAUGAUGGAACAAUUUCAUUGCAUGAUGUGGAAAACGGAAAACUUCUGCGAAGCAUUAGGUCCCACACAGUUGCUGUUUCAUGUCUUAGUUGGCAGGAGGAAGAACAAAAGGGGAUAGUGGUUUCAUGGAUGAAGCUGAAGACUCAUUCAGAGAGCUAUCGAAUUCUUCAAAUCAACAAUAUAACAUUUUAUGCAGUGGGGACAAAGAUGGAAACAUUUGCUUCAGUAUCUUUGGCAUAUUCCCAAUUGGAAAAAUGAAUCUACACAAUAGCGUGCUUCCAAGAAGCCAUGCGAAUAACCAAAUCCUAAAUGCUUCUAUUUGCAAUGUUUCUUUGUCGAAAGAUCUUUGCCAUUUGGUAGUCAUGUGCAGUGGGGACCUCUCCACCUCUACUGUUGAAGCUGGGGAAAAACAUUUAUCUAGCUACAUGUUAACUGGGUUCCAUUGCCUAGUUCUUGACACUUCAAUUUUCUGUAAAAGGAAAAAUGAGCUUAAUCAAGUGGCUCAUCAGGCUUCUAACAUUGAAGAUCUAGUUGAAGUUAUCCGGACAUCACUAUCAGUCAUGUCUAAGCAAUGGUCUGAUGCCAUGCACACUUUUACUGGAAAGUUCAAUGCCUUAUCUUCCCUAAUUAUUGACCAUGGGCUCGACUCUAGUCCUCAAGAGGAGCUUCUAAGCUUAUUAGGUGGUGCCAGGACAAGUCCAGCAGUUCAUCAAUUUUUAGUUAACACACUUGGUGAAGCGGGUCUUAAGAGGGUAGCAAAGGUGGUUAAUGGUGCUGGAAAAGAGCUUCAGCUGGUAGUACGAGAUCAUCUACAGCCUGCUGCAGAAAUCAUUGGGUUUAGAAUUGGAGAACUUCAAGCCCUUUCCAAAUGGCGUGCUCGAUAUCAAGGUAUUGGUUUGGAUGAGAAGUUAUUGGAUAAUGCAACUGAAAAUGCUGGAAUGUUUCUAAUGCAAGUUGAACGAUUUAUGAGGGUUUUGUGUACUGUGGCCCAGCAAUUUUCAAAUUUUUUCAGUUGGCUUCUGAAAUCGGUGAAGAUACUGAUGUCAGAACAGAGUGAUCAGCUCUAUCCUUUCAGCAGCAGUGAACUUGUCAUUAUGUUUCUCAAGUUUCUCUAUGACCAAGAUCCUUUAAAACAGUUGCUGGAAUUGCCUGAAGGUGACCAUGUCAUAGAAGUAGAUGUGGAAACAAUGCAAAGAAUUAAAGAACUGUCACAUUUCGGAGGAUUCUCAGACACUGCAUUCUUGAGAAGGACAUUAGCUGAAGAGUUUCAACAAAUGGAGUGUUGUUUCCGGGAUGCUUUUCAGAUGCCGUUUGCUACUAUUUCCAAGAGAAUACAAUGUAAGGAUCUGCUCCCUCUUUUUCCCAUGGCUGCAACAAAACUUGAUUCUCCCGUUAUCCCGGCAUCUAUAUCAUACUACAAGGACUUACAUGAGGUUUCUGGUUAUGAAACAAGUCGACAGAGUCUUAUUGACUACAUUUCCUUCAGAGUGCCCGAUAUUUCCAACCCAAAUAUGUCAAAUUGCAUUGGCAUAAUUAGGGGGGCCAUACAUGAUAUGGGCAAUUCAGAUCAUGGGCAAGCUUCAUUAGAAGCUUCCCUCCUAUGCAUUCCCAAUGGCUACCACUGUGUUGAUUUAUCAUUAUAUAAGGAUGCCCAACUUAUUUUACUGCUAGACCAAAUUACCACUGGUUCUGAGGGAUCUGGAAAUGCGUCUAUGAUGCUUCUCCAAGCUGGAGACCUCCCAUUUAUAUCUAUUUCAAGAUCUUUAAGCCUGGACUCAUGGAUCGUUCUUGAAAUUAAGGAUCAACUCAUGCAACUGGAACUGGGAAGUGAGAAGGUUCGGGGUAUACCUCACUCUGUCAUACAGCCGUUUGCAGUAAGCGCUUCAAGAGGGGUGGCUUGUGUUUUUUCUGCAAGAAAGCGUGCUUUGGUUUACAUCCUGGAUGAAGAUGAAGAGGACGACGACGAAGAUGAUGCAGAAUGAAGACACCAUAUUGUGUUUUCAUGUAAAAUUGCUGUACAUUUUUCCUCUUAGUAUAAUACGGAGUAUGUAAUUGUGUAAAAGCCAAGCAGUUAGACAAUGAUAUUUGGGUACAAUCCACUGUAAAUUGAAAGAGUCAAAAGUAUAUUUAUUGGCAUAUAUUUAGUGUGAACUCAAAUUUUCAGCAAUUGUAGCUGUGGUAAAAUUU